AUGACCACAUCCCCGGCCUCAACACCAUGUCCACCGACCAACAUCAACACGGCCAGCCCCACAGCCAACACCCCGACCACCCCUGCACGUCGCACCGCCAUCAUCAUCCAAGGUCACACAGAGAGAGAGAGAAAGAAAGAGACAAUCAGUUGCUUCCUCUCUCAAUCUCUCUCAAACUCUCUCUCAAACUUUCUCUCAAACUCUCUCUCAAACUUUCUCUCUCUCUCUCUCUCUCUCUCUCUCUCUCUCUCUCUCUCUCUCUCUCUCUCUCUCUCUCUCUCUCUCUCUCUCUCUCUCUCUCUCUCUCUCUCUCUCUCUCUCUCUCUUACUCUUUCUCUCUCUCUCUCUCUCUCAAACUCUUCUGUCUCUCUCUCUCUCUUUCUCUCUCUCUCUCUCUUUCUCUCUCUCUCAAACUCUUUCUCAAACUUUCUCUCUCUCUCUCAAACUCUCUCUCUCUCAAAACUCUCAAACUCUUUGCUCAAAUUCUCUCUCUCUCUUUUUUCUCGUCUUGUUGAUCUCUGUGCGAUGGCGGAACCAACUACACCGCCACCGCCAGAGGGCAGCGUGGCGUUGUCUCGUUCACAUCCUCAUUCCCCGCAGUAUUCUCGACAUGUUCAUCGCGGCUCCAUGUCAGAGGCCCGACCCUCGACGGCUGGGCGGUUUGUCGCAAACUCACCACAGCCCGGCUUACCUGUUGGCCUUGGGCACCUGGCCCGCUCCCUGAGUGGAUCGCCACGUUCUAGUCCCCGCAUUCACCGGCGCUCUCGACCCAUGCCCUUGAACAUAUACGCCACAUCGCUUGACCUGCGGGCAAUUUCUCCUGGAGAGCCCAUGCUCGCCGACUCGCGUGUCGACAGCGCGGCCAGCCUCCGCAGUUUGCAUGCCACACCCAUGCGGGCUCAACUACGCCGCGUGCGUGGUUGGGAAGCCACCUCUCCCAUGGCAAAGGAAGGCCUGACUUUCAGCCUAGUGACAGGCAGCAGUACUGACCUCGAUGAGGAACCACCUAGCCCUGCACCCCAGCCGACCUCGCUGCGGCGAUCUACAGGUCUGGAAGGCGUACGCGGUGCCAAUUUGCUCUAUGGCGAAGGUCCCGACGCGCUUUCUGUCAGCACCGAGCGCUUUUUGGGUUCGGGCCCCAACGGUAGUUUUCUCCGCAGCGGGGCAGGGCCCCUCUCCAGUUCUUGGCUCUUCCAAUCUGCGCUGGACAUGACCAACCAAGCCUCGGAGGAGGGGCUGGUUCGGCGCCAUCAAAACAAGGUUGUACUCUCCGUUGCUGCCAACGGACGCAUUCUCACUGCCAACAGCAAGGCAACCGUUGUCUUUGGCUGGCAGCCCUCGAAAAUCAUUGGCCAUAGCAUCGACGACUUUGUAGUCCGCGCUGAAGCCAGCUCCGGUGCCAGCCUGCUCGAACAGAUGCUGUCACAGUCCGCUGCCAUAUCCCCCGAGCACAAAAAUGCUGCCAGUGACGUUGUGGUCAUCCUGACGGCCGAUGGUGAGCAGCUGCCAGUCUCUCUGUGGAUCAAAUGCCUCGAGGACGAGCGCGCCGAAGCCCGCUACAUCGCCAUCAUCGAGCCCAUGCUGAGUGCCAUCGCCUACCUGGCCGUCGAUGCCCAAGCCCGGAUAGUAUGGGCUGACGAUGAGUAUUGCCAGUUGCACGAUACGACGUCAGAGGUGCUGCGACAUGAAACUCUUUUUGAUCAGUUUCCCAGCUUAUCCGCGGGGCAAUGGAACGAUGAGAUCCUGCCAGCUGCGGCCCUACGCGCCCCAAACACCCGGCCAGCGUCAGCCGAAGGAGGGCCGACGCCACGCCACGCUAUCAUCGCACGUAGCAGCGAGCACAGUCAAAAGACCCCCACUGGCCCCCAGCGGCGACGCUCCAGCCGCCGCAGCAAGAACAGCACCACUAAGAGUGCCUCCACCCCUGACCCUGAUGCCACGCUUUUGGACGAUGUGGAACAUUACAAAGCAACCUCGCCCUGCCCAGUCCUGCAGCUUCCUUCCUCGGACAACCACCGUGCUGUCAGCGUAUUCUGCACGAGCUUUGGUCUCGAAUCUCACGAGCACCCCGUACCGGUUCAGCUCGAUAUUUUCCGCGCGACCAGCUCUGAGAGGGAGGAGAUUGCUGAGGCCGCUGCUGACUCGGCCGUCAUGGAUCAUGAUAUCUACAUUUUGACGCAGUCAAUCUUUGUCCAGCUCUCAGGUGUUGUGACGAUCCGCGAAGACGGCUCCAUUUUCGGCGCCAACAACACCUUUGUGCGCCUCAAAUUUGGCCAACAGCUGCCAGACAUAGUCGACCAAUCGAUCGAGCUGCUGAUUCCCGACUUUUACCGCGAGUCGGAUGCGCUAAGCGCUACCAUCUCGCCGUUGCAGCACUCGGAUGCCUCCUCGCCCUGUUUUGGUGACCGGUCCUCGCUCGCGUCUUUAUCAUCGCAGCAACAGCUCCGCCGCCAUAUUUUUCAAGGCCAGCACGAUGGUGUGGGCCGCCACCGCGACGGUGCCGAGUUCCCCAUCUCAUACUUGAUCAAGCGCGUGCAGCUGAAAACGGGAAGCUCGCUCUUCGUCGUGAGCAUUACCGUCAUUGAUGCGCCCGUCCUUUUUCAUGGACCGCUUUCUGGCAAUGCCAGUGCUCGGCAGUCCUUCUCCAUGUCGAUGGCAAUGCACCGACACAGCCACACAGCGCUGGACUCGUCGUCCAUGUCUGACUACAAGCCAGUGGCUCAUCGCAGCGCAACCCAAUUGAAUCGUUCCCUCCAAAGCACAGAUGACAAUUCUUUGUUUUUGGAUGGUCGGCUGCUCGAGGAGUAUCAGAUUGGUGAACAACUGGGUUCAGGUGGCUUUGGCUUUGUCUGCCGAGCAAAGUGCCGUGCCGAUGGCAGCUAUGCUGUGGUCAAAUUCAUCGUCAAGGAUAAGGUGCCGGCUGACAAUUGGAUGGAACGCACCUCGGCCGUGCACAUCAUCGUGCCCGAAGAGGGAGAUGCUUUCGACAACGAUGGGCCAGUUCCGGCCGAGAUUGCCAUCCUAUGCCAACUGCAACACCCUAACAUCAUUCACGUCGAUGCAGUCUACGAGAACGACAGCUUUUAUCAGAUGGUCUUUCCGGAAACCUGCCCGGGCUUUGAUCUCAGCGAAUUUAUCGACUCUAAUGGUGGUCUUGAGGAACCGCUGUGCAGCUAUCUCUUUCGACAGCUGGCUGAGGCAGUGGCGUACCUACACGAUCAUGGCAUUUGCCAUCGCGACAUCAAAUGCGAGAAUGUACUGGUGAACUUUGAUUUGCGUGUUCAGCUGAUUGAUUUUGGAAGUGCCACUCAUUUUACGGAAGACACACGAUUCAGCGUGUUUCCGGGCACCAUCGAGUACUGCUGCCCCCGCAUUCUCUGCGGCGAAAACUACUAUGGACCGGAUUUGGACGUUUAUGCACUGGGCUUUACCCUCUACAUGCUUGUCUUCUCUGAGCAGCCUUUCUUCGACGUGGAGGAAAAACUUCAAGGCAUUCUCUUGCCACCUCGCGUCAUCUCAAAGACCUUGCUGAGCUUGCUGCGUCUCAUGCUGAAUCCCGAUCCACACACUCGUGUAACCAUGGCCGAAGUCCGCCAGGACCCGUGGUGUCAAACGGACGUGUCAGAGAAUGUGCUGGCAAUUGCUGAAAGUGAGCAAUGGCAGGCCUCUCGGAUGGAUAUGGAGGCUGAACGGCAUGAGGCGUUUGAAGUGCGCAGCGUCCCGACGUCACCACGUCGUCAAUCCAGCUUGACCAUCUUGUCGGGCAUUGUGUCUCGCCGUGACUCCACUGAGGAUGCCGAAGAGGCAGCGCGCCAGAGCGUGAUCAAAACCUUGAUGGCGUCAGGGGUAGACAUCAAGUCUUUGCAAGGCCACCCAGCUGCUGGCAUGCGUGUGGGCAAGGAUCAGCAUGAGUCCUUCAAGUCCUGUUUUGUUUCCUUUUGCUUCCGCUCGUGAGCUUUUGAAGCGAAGCAUGUGAGUGUAUUCAGAGGGUAA